AUGGUCGAUCUUGAAGAUUGGGUAGAUCGUCCGAUUUUAUCCGACUUGCGACGUAUUAUGCAAUUAGAAGAAUAUGUUGGUACUUUCGCCAUAGGUGAUUUUCCUUCAGGUCAUUACGCAGUAGCAUCUUUGUGGCUAGCAUCGAAUUCAAUUAUUUGUGAUGAUCGAUCAAAUACAGAAAAUUAUCGUGGUCCAUAUUGGUUGGUGUUUAAUUUUUACGAAUCGUCUCCAAAAACGGCUAUAAUUUCUACUGAUCUCAAAUCUAGUCUUUUAUCUGCACUCAGCAAUGCUGCAGUCGUUGAUCACAUCCCAUUUAUGCUUUGUACACUGGAGCAAACUUCGGUGUUCAACAAUGUAUGUCGAAAACAAGCUGUGGCGAUGACCACAGAAAUUCUUUCACGACGAUUCAUUUCUCAACGCUUGGAAAAGUUAGGAAACAAGUAUGAUAAUCGACAUAUAUGGCAUGAUCCACGAGAUUUCAGUUUACUUCUGUACUUUGGUCAAGUUCAUGAAAAACUUCCUUCUCAAUUAUAA